AUGGCAGGACAUUUCCGCGGCAUCUCGUCCCAAAGCGGCAAGGCUUUCCCCAGCUUGCCCCAGUUCUCGGGCUUUAUGAAGCCUUGCCGCUUCGAGGGCGAGAUCCGGUAUCUCGAGGUAGAGGGUGGCUUGCCCGAGGAGCUCGAUGGCACAUUCUACCGUGUGAUGCCCGAUCCGCAGUUUGUGCCGUUUGUCGAAGAUGACCCAUGGUUUAAUGGGGAUGGAAAUAUCACUGCUUUUCGUUUCAGCAAAGGCAAUGUCCACCUCCAGCAAAAGUACGUCCGUACUGAGAAAUUCAUCAAGGAAAGGGAAGCACAGCGCGCACUUGGCGGCAAGUAUCGAAACAAAUACACGGAUGCCGUCGAGUUCAAAGUCCGUACUACGGCCAACACCAACAUAUUUUACUUCAACAAAGUUCUCCUCGCCAUAAAGGAAGAUGCACCACCAUUUGCUAUGGAUCCCAUCACGCUCGAGACCAUCGGCCUCUGCGAUUUCAAUGGCCAACUACCAAGUCUGACCUUUACCGCUCAUCCGAAGCUCGAUCCCAUCACCAAAGAGCUAGUAUGCUUUGGUUACGAGGCCAAAGGUGACGGUACCCCGGAUGUAUGCUAUUACAACAUCGAUGCGAACGGUAUCUUCACCGAGGUGGUCUGGUUGGUGUCCCCCGUCGUGGGCAUGAUUCAUGAUUUUGCCGUAACCGAGAACUGGGUUUUGUUUCCCAUGAUCCCUCAGGUUUGCGACAUUGAUAGGCUCAAACAAGGAGGCGAACAUUGGCAAUGGGACCCAAAAGUUCCCUUCUACUUGGGCGUUCUCCCACGUCGAGGAGCCAAAGGGGACGAUGUCAAGUGGUUCAAGGCUCCGAAUGCGUUUCCUGGCCACACUACUAACGCAUACGAGACACCAGAAGGAAACAUUGUUUUUGACCUUCCUCUAACCGACAAGAAUGUUUUCUUUUGGUGGCCAGAUGCCGAUGGAAAUGCACCCAACCCCCACGACAUCCAAGCCAAGUAUGUCCGUUUCACCCUGGAUCCACAGGCGUCAGAGCUCGAAUUACCAACCCCUGAAAUCAUUUUGGAGCGUGAUAUGGAGUUCCCGAGAAUUGACGAUCGCGUGUCCAUGAAGCGUCACCAACACAGCUUUUUCGACAUGAUGGCUCCGGAGCUAGGCACCGACUUUGCUGCAAUCGCCCCGGUACUCGGCGGCGGACAUCCUUUAUACAACUCCCUCGGUCACCUGGAUCACCAGACUGGGAAGCUCGAGGUAUAUUUCGCAGGAAAGACGCACAUGGUGCAGGAACCAGUGUUUGUGCCGCGAUCGGAUGAUGCUCCAGAAGGCGAUGGGUUUUUGAUGGCGCUGGUGAACAACUACAGUACCAUGUCUAGCGAGCUGCAUAUUCUCGAUACGCGAGACUUUUCUACUGCACGGGCAAUUGUGAAGCUGAACAUUCGACUGAGGGCAGGUCUUCAUGGCAAUUGGGUGGAUGCAAAAGAGCUGGCCGAUGUUUAG